AUGGCGGAUGCACUUUGCAGCAUGAGUUUAGGGUAUAAAGUUCCAAUUAUGCAUAGUCUUCGUGGCUAUUUGUUAAGUAAAUUGGUUGAAAAUGUGAACAAAUUAAUAGAGGAGUGUCGUGAGAUUUGGAAGAAAAUUGGUUGUACUCUAAUGGUUGAUGGAUGGACUGGUCAAAAAAGAAGAACUCUUAUAAACUUUCUAGUUUAUUGCCCUAAAGGUACUAUUUUUCUAAAAUUUGUUGAUGCUUCUCAUGCUUCAAAAACUGCAGAUAUGUUGUAUAAGCUUUUUAGAAAGGUGGUUUUAUUUGUUGGGCCUGAAAAUGUUGUUCACAUAGUGACAUACAAUGCUGCAAAUUAUGUUGCUGCUGGAAGAUUAUUAGAAAAUGAGUUUCCUAAAUUAUUUUGGUCUCCUUGUGCGGCAUAUUGCAUUAAUUUGAUGUUGCAACACAUGGUAAAAUUAGAGGAAGUAAGUGAGGUUGUGUCACAUGCUUUUAAACUUACUGAACCCCUUGCGCGUGUGUUAUGUAUUGUUGAUAGUGAAAAUAAACCUGCUAUAGGCAUUCUAUACAAAUCUAUAGUCAAAUCUAGAGAGGAGAUGAUGGAGAGGUUUCAAAGAAAUAAGAAGAUAAUGGAUCCUUACUUGAAAAUCUUAGAUAACCGUUAG